ACCCGGGCCGGGCCCGUGCUGGCCCCGACACCCGCCGGCCGAGUCUCCUGGUCUCGGUCGGCUCGUCUGUGAGGCGACGCCUGCGCCCCCUCGCCGUGUGCGUGUGGGGUUGUGUGAAACCGCAGGCGUGGGGGAGGCCCCGACACGGACGCGCGUUUCCGCACGGCCUCACCCGAUGUCUCCGCGGCCGGGAGGGUGAAGCCGUGUGACCGGGGGGUUACUCGCAACGUCUGCCCCGUCCUGCAGGUGUUCCCUAGGGAGGGUGGCUCUGGCGUCGACUGUCUGUCUGGCGGGAAGUGCGCUGAGGACGUGGACCCCCCCAGAGCUGUUCUUUGAGCCCCCGUCGGAGCAGUGCCGCGAGCUGCUCUCGUUCCGGCGGCCACGGAAGUAACGGUGACAGGAGAAAGGGCUCAAAAGCGCAGCGCGGACACGUGGGUGUCGGGGCCCGCGGAGCUGGGGUGACUCGCGUGUCCAACGCGCGCCCCGUCAGCGGCCACAGAACCUGCUCUGAUCCAACUGCUGAGUCCGGGACAUGUGGCUCUGCUCGGCCAGUUGCUCAGACGCCAUUUGCUUUUGACUCAAGAUGAUUUGAUGUUUUCCUAUAAAGCCCAUUAACCAUGAUGGCUACACAGACACUAAGCAUAGACAGCUACCAAGACGGGCAACAAAUGCAAGUAGUAACAGAGUUAAAAACGGAGCAAGAUCCCAACUGCUCUGAACCGGCCGUGGAAGGAGUGAGCCCCCCCCCGGCGGGCUCCCAGACACCAAUGGACGCAGACAAGCAGGCCAUUUAUAGGCAUCCACUAUUUCCACUACUAGCUUUGUUGUUCGAAAAAUGCGAACAAUCUACCCAGGGCUCAGAAGGCACGACCUCUGCCAGUUUUGAUGUAGAUAUUGAAAAUUUUGUAAGAAAGCAAGAGAAAGAAGGAAAACCCUUCUUUUGCGAAGACCCGGAAACCGACAAUUUAAUGGUGAAAGCGAUCCAGGUUUUGCGCAUUCAUCUUCUUGAGCUGGAAAAGGUUAACGAGCUGUGCAAAGACUUCUGCAGUCGCUAUAUUGCUUGUCUAAAGACGAAAAUGAACAGUGAGACCCUCCUGAGCGGGGAGCCUGGAAGCCCGUACUCCCCCGUCCAGUCCCAGCAGAUUCAGAGUGCCAUCUCAGGCACCCUCAGCCCCCAAGGAAUCGUGGUGCCCGCAUCCGCGCUGCAGCAGGGGAACGUCACCAUGGCAACAGUGGCAGGUGGCACGGUGUAUCAGCCCGUCACGGUUGUCACUCCUCAAGGCCAGGUGGUGACACAAGCCCUGUCGCCCGGCACCAUCAGGAUCCAGAACUCCCAGCUCCAGUUACAGUUAAACCAAGAUCUCAGCAUCUUGCAUCAAGAUGACGGCUCAUCCAAGAAUAAAAGGGGCGUUUUGCCGAAGCAUGCCACCAACGUGAUGAGAUCUUGGCUCUUCCAGCACAUAGGGCACCCCUACCCGACAGAAGAUGAGAAAAAACAGAUCGCUGCUCAGACAAAUUUGACACUGCUCCAAGUUAACAACUGGUUCAUCAACGCCAGAAGGCGGAUUCUUCAGCCCAUGUUGGAUUCUAGUUGCGCGGAAACCCCAAAAACUAAGAAGAAGACAGCUCAGAACAGACCGGUCCAGAGGUUUUGGCCCGACUCCAUCGCCUCGGGAGCUGCACAGCCGCCGCCCAGCGAGCUGGCCGUGUCGGAAGGAGCCGUCGUGACGAUCACCACGCCCGUGAGCAUGAACGUGGACAGCCUGCAGUCUCUGUCCUCGGACGGCGCCACCCUGGCGGUACAGCAGGUCAUGAUGGCGGAGCAGAGCGAGACGAGUCUGUGGGACAGCACGGGGGACAGCGGGGCCGCGCUCGCCCCCACCCACAUCAGCGGGCUGGUCCUGGAGAACAGUGACUCCCUGCAGUAGGGCCGGCACAGCCCAGAACUGCGGGGCGGGCCUGACUUUUACAGUUUGCACAGCAAACAUUUUACACACUUUUAUUCUGACAUGUUUUAUACGUAGAUGGAGAAGAAUGCACUUUUGUAUUUCAUAGUGAGCUUCGAGAGCGCCCUCGCGGGCGCGGCGACUUUCCGGUGUGCGUGUGUGUGCGUGUGUGCGUGCGCGGGUUUUUAAGGAGAUUCUUUAAAGGUUUAACGCUAAAAAUGUGAUGAAUGACAGACACCCCCGUGAGCCCCUAAUUAGUUAAGGAUAGUGCUGCCAUUUUCUAGAAAAUUAUGCAGUUUUAAUUUCGUUCUGUGGUUGAAGCAGGGUCCCGGUGGGGCUGAUUGAUUUGUGUCGCCCACGGAUUGGAGAGAAGCUUCUGCACCUUAAAACUGCCAGUGCGAGGUAGACGCCCACGGCAACAAAGUGCGUGUGGCCCGUGGUGAGCGUGCUCUGGUGGACAUACGCCGAGGUCCCCCACGGACUUGUGGCCUGUUUCAUUUGCUAUAUAUGAAAAGAAACUCCUAUUUUUACCUUGCUGGAAUUAUUGGAUAAAAAGCUAUUUUUAUAAAUUCGCUAUGAAUUGGGAUUAUGACUAUAUUGAGGAUAAAAUUUCUAGAGA